AUGGACGGGUUCGUGGUUAAGGUGCCCCGCGGGCAGGCGGGGGGCGAUGACGGGAAGGGGCGGCGGCCCGAGGAGGCCGGGCCGGGCCGGCCCCCCCCGCGGCAGAUCCGCGCCGAGGGGCUGUGCUGUGACUAUCGCAUCCUCUUCCCCAAGGCCGAGGCCGACGAGAUCUUCCAGCAGCUGGAGGAGGAGGUGCAGUAUUUCGAAGGUGACUUGACAAAAUUGCACAUAUUUGGCACAUGGCACAACAUCCCAAGGAAGCAGGUGACCUACGGAGACCCUGAGUUGUCCUACACUUACUCAGGUGUGACCUUCCAUCCCAAGCCAUGGAUCCCAGUCCUGAACCGCAUCCGGGAGCGAGUCACUCAGGCCACAGGACACACCUUUAACUUUGUCCUUAUCAACAGGUACAAAGAUGGCCUGGACCACAUCGGGGAGCACCGAGACGAUGAGAGGGAGCUGGUUCCCCGCAGUCCCAUUGCGUCCGUGUCCUUCGGAGCGUGCAGGGAUUUCAUCUUCCGGCACAGGGACUGCAGGAGGAAGGGGAUGAAACGGGGCCUGGAGCGGAUCAAGCUGGAGCUGGCCCACGGCAGCCUCCUCAUGAUGAACCACCCCACCAACGUGUACUGGUACCACAGCCUGCCCCCCAGGAGGAGGGUCAUCACCCCCAGGGUCAACCUCACCUUCAGGAAAGUCAUGGCUGGGGACAGAAAGUCCACCCAUCAGGGACUUCUGACUGAAAACAGCUUCAGUUCCUGAUGGACCUGUUGGCUCCUCGUUCAAACACUGGCUGUGGUGAUCCAAGGGACUGGAUGAGCAAAUUGAACUGAGAGAGAUGGUGGACUUGGUAACUGCUAAUAAAGCCUCUGACCUCUGAUCUCCAUGUCAAGGUGGCUUUCCCUCUGUGAAAUGCUGCUGAUAAAUAUUUUUGGUAAAUAAUACCCUUGUUUUGCUCAGGAAGAAGUUUGUUCUCAGCUGAUCUUAAUCUAAUUCGUGCUCCUAAAAAAUCAAAAGACUCCAUAGACUUGAGGUACAGUUUACAAACACUAUAAAUCACAAGCUGUAAUCAUUUAAAGCUGAUAUUCUUCAGCACGCGACACUUUCCUGUAUUCUCUCUCAAUGAACUUUAGUUUGUUUGGUUUUUUAUUUAAAUAAAGUGCAAAUGAGACUGA